AUUUCAGGGUCUGUCCCAUCAGAAGGUGUGUCCAGAGACUACAGGGUGUACAGGAGGCCUGUUAUACGGGUUUUCUUCUAGAGAUCACCAUAUCUACUUUCAUUUCAGAAGCAACAUUUUUAUGGUCUGGUAUUUAAUUAAUUUCUAUUUAACAGAAUUCCACCAGUACGUAAAUGUUAGGAGUCCUUUAUAAUUUGGAAGGGUUUUUAAUUAAUUAUAACUUGUAAAGUUCAAAUUAUCUGAAGAUAUCUGAAGUCCUUACUCUAACUUCUUUUUUUGAGGGUUCUGUAGAAAAACUGUAAAAAUAAGAAUUUGCUUUAGCAAAACAUUUGUCAGCUUAGACUGGGGCUGGUUUUGCAGUCUAUCAAGUGAGAAGUUCUUUGCAUGGGAACUGGGAAUAAUAGACUGCCAUGAUCACAACUUCUCUCCAGUUAAUAAAGAAGACAAAGAACGGUUUUGGCUGAACACAUUAAAACAAUUACUUCAUAUGACCCUAUGACAUUUGUGCUUCUCUCUGGAGUGCAGAAGGACCCUAUCUUUAUUGAAGAGAUUUAAUUAAUAUUCAGGAUUUGCUGUCAAUUUGAUGCAAAAAUAAAUUAACAUAAAGUGUAAAUUGUUUGCAUGUUUUGCUAUGAGGAGUAAUUUUAGGUUCUAUAAAGUUACUGACAACGUUUCCAGUAAUGACACAGAAGUUACUGGAAAAAUAUGUGAAAACAUAAAACUGAAAGUUCAAUUAAAACUUGUUUUACACAGUAAAGCUUUUUUUAAAUUGUCCAGAUAAUUCUAUUUGAUGUUGACCUAUUUUUUCCCUGAAAGAUUGCAUGAGUUUUCCCCUAAUGCUCCCAUUGCAAGUUGUACUCAGUUUCUUCUAUUGAUAAGCAUGUGGCAUACUUUGAAUUAAUUUUCUUCACUAUCAGGUUGUUUGUCUUAAAAAGACAGUACAUACUUUUAUGUUCUUAUCUACCAGCACUGACACUUGUGAAAAAGGGAGUAAAUUUCUCAUUUUGUGUUCUGCCAAAUAACAUUAAAGGGAUAGUGCUAAUGGCUUGGAUUCCGUUCUGUGGAAAGUACUUUGUGCCAGGAGUGGAAGAUUUUGAAUAGCUCAACUGGAGUUAAAGUAUAUGCUGUCUUUUUGAGGAAGGAACAUUUUUUUUAAAAAGGGGGGAAUCAAAAAGGAAAAGAUUCUGUCCUUUCACCUGUUGUCUGCAUGUUUUUUCCUGUUACCUUUCUCUUGCCCUACUGCUGCCUCAUGCAAUGCAGGAGAUUCAGGAUGGACACAAUGGCUAUCAUUCUGAAGCAGAACCUGAUCAGGUGGCACUGCGGGAUGGAAACAAACUAGCACAGAUGGAAGAGGCUCCACUUUUUCCUGGAGAGUCAAUCAAAGUUAUUGCUAAAGAUGUUAUGUAUAUCUGUCCAUUUAUGGGAGCAGUCAGUGGUACACUAACAGUGACGGACUUCAGAAUGUUUAUCAAAAGUGUUGAAAGGGAUCCACCUUUUGUUGUUGAUGUUCCCCUUGGAGUCAUAAGUAGAGUUGAAAAAAUUGGAGUACAGAGCCACGGAGAAAACUCGUGUGGUAUAGAAAUAGUUUGCAAGGAUAUGAGAAAUUUGCGGCUGGCCUAUAAACAGGAAGAGCAGAACAGAUUGGAGAUUUUUGAAAACCUUGUUACACGUGCAUUUCCUGUUUCUAAUGGGCUGCCUCUUUUUGCAUUCAGCUAUAAAGAAAAGUUUGCUGUUAAUGGCUGGAAAGUGUAUGAUCCAAUGGCAGAGUACAAGAGGCAGGGCUUGCCUAAUGAGAGUUGGAAAAUAUCCAAAAUUAACAGCACCUAUGAGCUUUGUGAUACGUAUCCUGCUGUUCUUGUUGUGCCAACCAGUGUAAAGGAUGAUGACCUCUCCAAAGUAGCAGCGUUUAGAGCAAAAGGCAGAGUUCCAGUGUUAUCCUGGAUUCAUCCUGAGAGCCAAGCAACAAUAACCCGGUGCAGUCAGCCAUCAGUGGGCCCAAAUGAUAAGCGUUGCAAAGAAGAUGAAAAAUAUUUGCAGACAAUAAUGGAUGCUAAUGCUCAGUCUCAUAAACUUAUAAUUUUUGAUGCCAGACAGAAUAGUGUUGCAGAUACAAACAAGGCAAAAGGUGGAGGAUAUGAAAGUGAAAGUGCCUACCCAAAUGCAGAGCUGGUCUUUCUGGAAAUUCACAAUAUCCACGUCAUGAGAGAGUCCCUGCGUAAACUUAAGGAAAUCGUUUAUCCUACUAUUGAUGAGACUCGGUGGUUAUCAAAUGUGGACUCCACACAUUGGCUGGAAUAUAUAAGGAUGCUUCUUGCUGGAGCUGUAAGAAUUGCGGAUAAAAUCGAAUCUGGUAAAACAUCAGUAGUGGUUCAUUGCAGUGAUGGUUGGGAUCGAACUGCACAGCUUACUGCCCUAGCUAUGCUGAUGCUGGACAGCUAUUACAGAACUAUCAAGGGGUUUGAAGUUCUUAUAGAGAAAGAGUGGAUAAGUUUUGGACACCGAUUUGCAAUGCGAGUAGGACAUGGAGAUGAUGAUCAUGCUGAUGCAGACAGAUCUCCCAUUUUCCUGCAGUUCAUCGACUGCGUUUGGCAAAUGACAAAGCAGUUUCCUGCAGCCUUUGAAUUUAAUGAGUUAUUUUUGAUCACCAUUCUGGAUCACCUUUACAGUUGUCUCUUUGGGACUUUCUUAUGCAACUGUGAAAGAGAGAGAUUAAAAGAGGAAGUAAGCACAAAGACUAUCUCACUGUGGUCCUACAUAAACAGCCAGUUAGAUGAAUUCACAAAUCCUUUCUACGUGAACUAUGAAAACCAUGUCUUGUAUCCUGUUGCCAGCCUGAACCAUUUGGAACUAUGGGUGAACUACUAUGUGAGAUGGAACCCCAGGAUGCGACCUCAGGUUCCAAUCCAUCAAAACCUUAAAGAGCUCCUGGCCAUCCGGGCAGAGCUUCAGAAGAAGGUUGAAGAUCUGCAGCGUGAAGCUGCUACACGAUCCAUUUCUUCCUCCUCUGACAGAGGUUCAUCUCCUUCCCACUCAGCCACGCCAGUGCACACCUCUGUGUGACGUGUACCAAAAGCCAUGUGAAAAAAUAUGUGUCAGGUAACACAGAGAGGAGGGCGAAAUGCUUUUCCCAUCACAAAAGAAUUGUGAGUGACUUGUAAUUGCUAUGAUCUACAUGCCUUACUCUGUGUCUGGUAUUAUCGUGAUGAGGCCAAAAAGAGCUUCAAUAGAUGUGAUGUAUUUUCUUGUUGGCAGUUCCCACAUGUGUUUUGACAUCUCUAGCUAAAUCACCAAUUGUGAAAUUAAACUUUCUUUUGAGCAACUAACAAUUUAACCAUCCUAAAAAGGAAUCCAUCUGCCAAGCAAACAGAAAAUGCCUCUCACACUGCCUGGGUACCAUGCCUGGUUGAGAGAAUCAGAUUAAAUGCCACAUGAUGCUUACACAGAACGUUUUUUUCUAAAUGGGAGCUCCUUAUUUCACUCAGUAAUAUAUAUAUAUAUAUAUUAUUAUUUUUUGCUAGAGCAAUUUAUUUUUUUUAGGUGAUUAAUGCACUUGGAAAUUAGUUUUAAAAUAAAUGUUUUCCAGUGUAGUCAGUUUCACAUUUUGACUAAAUAUGCCAUUAAAAGUGGAUGAAGUUAAGCUGGAUUUAUCAGGUACACCACACUGACUUGUAUGAUGUAAUAUAUUUGGUAAAGCAUGUAUUUUAGGUUUUUUAAUGCCUUUUGUACAAGUUGAAAUAAAGUCUUUUGACUGUUUAGCUGAUUGUUUUGACCUUCCCAGCGAGGGGUAAACUUACUUGUGGCAAGGUCUUGUACAAAGUAAAAGUUUGUUUUCUAGCAAAUGGUAAUAUUUGGGGUUGGAAUGACACCCAGCUGUGUAAAUUGUAUAGUCUGUAUAGCUCCACAUUUUGUUAAGCCUGUUCUGUUUUAAAGUGUACACAAAAUGCAAAGCUGUGUCCAGUUCUGCACGUGUAUGUGAUGUGAAACACAUGCAAACUCCCAUGGUUUGUGCUGUUAAGUACAGAAAGUGGAUCCUGCCUGUCCAAACCCUUUUGAAGACCUUAACUUGUAAUGACUUUGUUUGACAAAGGUUUUAAAUAUACCAUCUUAAUUGGUUUUCUUGAAAUAAAGCCUGUUGGCUUUUUGUUUUUUAAA